AUGGCACUUUCCCAGUGCAAGCGUCUCAGCGGAUGCUUCCGAAGUCUGUCUUGCACAGCCUCUCCGCACCUUGCGGUACGCAGCAUGCGAAGUCUGACUGAAGCUCAUAUCUCCUCUGUGCAACGGCUUCCCCGACAACAGCGGAUGCAAAUCGGCAGGGACCAUCUACACGACCUUGCCCAGCCUACUCGAGCAUCCAGGCCGUAUUCAAAAUUCCUGAGACACCAGCUAAGCAGGAAGUUCGUCCCGGCACCUGAUCAAGGACAAAGCGAGACGUGCUAUGCCCAUGCUAUCGCAUCCGCAACUCACUCUGCACUCUUGCGGGUCGUUCGUCGCGACGGUGGCUACCCGGACUUCGAGGACAUUCGAGACGACAUCAUUCACAAGUUUGAAGACCGCGUCAGCCGCUCCGACCACGCUGUGAAGCACAUCAAGCGACAGCUCUGCUCUGGCGACGGUUUUGCCAACGAAAGCCAAGAAGCUGAGGAGGUCACAUCCAUCAGCGACGAUGACGAUAUUGUUGACGACAAUGUCGUCGACGUCGGCGGGGCAGGUCAUUCGGUCACAUACGUCAGAGACGAUGACAACUACAUGACGUUGAUGAACUCCUGGGGCCCAGAUUGGGUGCAGGAGGUCGUUGAGUUUCAGCGACAUACGGGGCAUGACUUUGCCAUGAUCCCGCGCAAAGUCUGUGUCAAAGAGCAGAGGACCCGAGGUCUUUGGGGCUGCAGAACAUGCUGUCAGACUUACGCCCACCUCGCCACGCUUCGUUUCGCGGCGGCCAACGGCCAUCUUGAACCUUGCCAAGGACGUGCGGACAGACCUCAACACCUGCGCAGCAAGGGUUUCAGGAGGGCUUGGAAAGUCAAGAUCAACAGGCCAGCGAUCAACGCUGUCCUCCACCUGACGAAGGAGGACAAGGCCUUGCUCAACAAGCGCGGCAACAAGCUCCAGCAAGAGCUCGGGGUCCCUCGGCCGCGCAAAGCAGUGCGACAGAUGUUUUUGAAGGCCUCCAAGGAGAAGCAGAGCGGGUUACGCCGUGACAAGGCUACCAGCUCCUCUCAAGCAGUGGCUCCUUGCAAGGCUGGCCCUUCGUCCGAGCGCACCAAGCAUCCUUACUGCACCGACGUCCCCAUGACGUUCAACGAGCAGACGGAGCUCUGGACUUGGAAGUGCAGCCGUUGUGACGUUGAGUUCCAAGGCGAGGAGGCCCGCAAACUUGAAGAUCAAGGACGACGCCAUGUCAAGAAGCAUCACGCCAAGGUGGUGAGCAGCCCAAUUUUCAAGUUCAAGGGCAAGCUUUGUUGGCCAUGCACCGUCUGCAAAUGCAAGGUCUAUGCGGACAACAAGGCAAGGCUCAAGGACAAAAGGCGGGGUCACAUCAUCAGUUUCCACUCUGAUUGCAACAUUAGCCGAUUAGCCAGAAUCGAACCCAAUCCUGGACCAUCAAUAUGUGGUGGUGAGUCGCACGAUGAGUUCCGGCUUGAGUAUGUCAACGUCAACGGCUACAUCAACGCUGCGGUCGCUAUCGCCAACCUCCGAAAGCAGAGCACCAAACCGCACAUCUUCUGCAUGGCUGAGGUCAAAGCAAACAACACCCAGCGAAACUCCCUUACCGGGCAGAUGAGACGCUUGGGUUAUCGGAGCUUCUGGGUGCACGAACCUGACGGGACGCGCACUAGAAAGAACCAGGCUAUCGCUGCUGGCGGCGUCAUGGUUGCCGUGGUUGAUACGAUGGCCUGCGCAGUCCUGGACAAGUGGCAACACACGCAGGGUGAAAUGAUUCAUCUUGACUUGGGCUCUUCGUUCUUGACUGUCGCUUGGCGAAGACCAGGUGGGGAAAGAGACCAGUACGACGCGGAGGCCAAUACUCUUAAGUUGUAUGCCGCCUCCAAAGCUUCUACCUGGCUGAUUGUUGGCGACCAAAAUGAUCUCCCAGGCACCCCAUGCUGGUCUGCUGACCUGCACCUGAUGGCGCCAAAGGAUGACGACGACAACUUCAUUGCUUCGAGAUGGGAAGGAAAAAGGUGCGUGGACUGGGCGGCGGGCAACUGGCGAACAGACUGGAACGCCUCCUAUGGCCUGGACAAGUCAUCCUGCAGGGCGCAUGGCCUCGUCGACGAAGCGCCGCCUACCAAAUGGUCGACGACCAAUGGUCUUAGCUAUGCGCGUGGGCCGAGGACGCGCUGCGAUGUGCCCACCAUCGUGCUUCUCAGACGGUCAGGGGGCUUAACUUUGGCGAAGAUGCCGCGAAGCUUCAGCAACUGGGCAAUUUCCUGGGAAGGCUCUUGGAGGCUAGACGUCAACAAGGCAAGCGGGGCAUCGAACCGGGGCUGCGACGCAGGAUCUGGGCAGAUGGAGAAGGGCUGGCCUGCGGAAGUGGCGGCUUCGAAUGGCAAAGUGCGGCAAAGAGGCCACCACGUGGCUUCAUGGUCGCUCGUCCCUUCUGCCACCCGCCAUCGCGAGGGCGAAAGAGGGUCAAAACCAGGUCGCUACCACUACUACCGAAAGUCUGAGUUUCCUCAUGAUUUCUGGCGUGAAGUUUGGGACAGGGACACUGUGCAGACCUUGCCCUACGACAUUGAUGCUGUAGACACUUUUGAGUGGAGCAGUGGCGCUGGCCCCCUUAAGGCCGCUGAGCUUCAACGAACUGCCAAAACCAUGAAAGGUGGACCCGCUGGCCCCGACGGCUGGAGCGCUGCGGAGCUGUCAUCGCUGCCGUUCGUCUUCUGGGAGCAGCUGGAGAGGCGACUUGAAGAGUGGCACCUGCGAGCUCAGUAUCCAAAAGCUUGGACGCACGCACGUAUGGUCUGUAUCCCUAAGGACCAUUUGGAGCCCGACGCCGAUCAUGUCCAGGUAGAUCGCAUGCGCCCAAUUUCUGUGCUGUCGGCAGUCUACCGUGUUGUUAUCUCCACUUGGAUGUCAAGGAGGGAGAUGCGCGCUUGGCUUGAUCACAUCAUGCCUGAGGACUUCCAGGGCGGCUUGCAAGGUCGAUGCGCAGAAACCGGUGUUCGAAGACUGGACGCGGCCUAUCACCUGCUCCCGUUGGCGGUCUUGCAAGGGCUAGGCGCUCCAACAAGGAUGCUCGGCAUCCUCCAGCACACAUGGCUGGGCCAAGAAAGAUGGCUUCAAUUGGGGGGAGUCACGCUCGCAGAAGGGCAGUGGGCGGGCACAUCCCUGCCGCAAGGCUGCCCCGCUGCACCCAUGGGUCUGACCGCACUGCUCCGACGACCCGCCAUGGCUCUGCAUCGUCUGCUUGGAGACCGCCUGACGCAGGUGAUUUACUUAGAUGAUCGCAAUCUGGUGGUCCGUACUGCUCAGGAUGCCCAGGACCCUGGGCAACAACAGGCACUGCGCCGCUUGGGCAUCGACGUGCACUCGGAGGCCAAGGUUCUGGGUGCCACCUUCUUCUCCCACUUCGAGACGGCGCCGGAGGUCAGUGAGAGGGCGGAGCACACGGACAAGAUGACUGGGCGCCUUCGAGCCUUGCCCGUUGGACAGGCGGGCCGAGAGCUGAUGUACUGUACCAGGGUAGCUCCUGCUGCUUCUUGGGGUUUUUGGUCCGAGCAGCACUGCGCGGCUGCCGACACCGCAGCGAGAAGGGCCGUCAACAUCACGUCAUCUGCCGCCCGUGCGCUGUGGCAGGUUUUGGCGGGGCACCCUUACGACAUGAGGUUUUUCUUUCGGCAGUCAACCAUCCUCAGCUUCUUGCGGGCAGAGUGGUUCUGGAGACGACGCGGCAUUCAGCUCCCAACAGGCUUGUGGACUCAGCAGGUCAACGCGGACUUCAGGGCCCUCGGCUUUGAAAAGACCGGCCCAUGGCGCUGGCAUCACCCUGAAGCUGGCGAUGUGAAGUGGUUCGAGGGGAGCGCGUGGUCCCUAAUUGGGAGCAUGCGGCGUGGUGCUGCCCGCACUGGCAGCAAGGACGUCUUCAUCAUCGAGGUGACCCUUGGACGAGGCGAUUGGGCUGGGCUUGAGGCAAGAAUUUGGCUUCGAACGCGGGCGACCGCCAGAGCCAUGAGCAGUUGGACGUCCAUGACUGGUUCUGCCACUACAUGGAGUAAAACUUCCAGCGGGGCCCAGAUUUGGGGUGACCGGGGCUUCUUCAAGAUAGCUGGCCCGUGGGUGCUCGACGAGGAAGGCCCAAUGCAGUUCUUCGAAAUCUUCUGGUUUCAAGGUGACCGCUCCGAGCAAGAACAGGCGAGCUAUCGUUCUCUGCAUACUGGAAGAUUGGAGUAUCCUCGAUCCAGCAAGGUGCGAGCGCGGAAGAGCGGAAGAUCGGGCUGA